GGUCAGCGGCGGGCAGCGUGGGGCCUGCGGUGCUUCUGGGGCCUGAGGCCGGGAAAGUUGCCGAGGGGCCGAGAGCGGCCACCUUGGGCCGUUCAGUUUAGCCUCUCCGGUGCAGCCUUUUGGUGUGGCCGGAAGAGGUGGAGCCUCGCCGGGGUAGGGGGUUGAGAAAUCUGUGGCGGUUGCCAUGGCGACAGUCGCGGGCCCCGACACCCUCCAUCCCCCCCACCCCCCCACCCCUCGCCGCUACCCUCGCGGGGCCUCACAUCCGCCGGGAGGAGUUUUGCAAGCGACCGCGGAGAGAUCUGGGGUUUCUGCGGGAGGGAAGUCUUGCGCUGCGGCUACAGCACCGUGCCCGGCGGAUGAGCCGACUGGUUUCAAGAGCGGCCUUAAGUCGGCGGAAAAUACCGAGUUCCUGGCUUGUCAUAGGUCCCUUGGUUUUGUUGAGGCCCCCACACUAAAAUGUCAGACGACAUGGUUGCAGGAAUAGGAUUUAUUCGAGUCCUUUUGCGUGCAUUGUUGUAUUUGAUCCUUGGAACAAUCUGGUGAGGUAGGAGAGAACGCGAGUGAGAGAGCAUAAGCAGUGGAGAGGGAGAAGUAGGCUGCCCACGGAGCAGGGAGCCUGAUGCGGGGCUCAAUCCCAAGACCCUGGGAUCAUGACCUGAGCCAAAGGCAGCCACCCCUGAGCACCACCCCCCAUGCUUGAAAAGGAUCAAUUUGACAACUUAGAAAAACACACACAGUGGGGAAUUGACAUUCUUGAGAAAUACAUCAAAUUUGUAAAGGAGAGGACAGAGAUCGAACUCAGCUAUGCAAAGCAACUCAGGAACCUCGCAAAGAAAUACCAGCCUAAGAAGAACUCAAAGGAGGAAGAAGAAUACAGGUAUACGGCAUGCAAAGCCUUCCUUUCCACCCUGAACGAAAUGAACGAUUAUGCUGGGCAGCAUGAAGUUAUCUCUGAGAACAUGACCUCAAACAUCACUGUGGAGUUAGCCCGCUACGUCCAGGAACUGAAGCAAGAGAGGAAAUCGUACUUUCAUGAUGGGCGGAAAGCACAACAGCACAUAGAGAUCUGCUGGAAGCAACUUGAAUCAAGUAAAAGACGAUUUGAACGUGACUGCAAAGAGGCGGACAGGGCACAGCAGUACUUUGAGAAGAUGGACGCUGACAUCAAUGUAACCAAAGCAGAUGUUGAAAAGGCUCGACAACAAGCUCAAGUACGUCACCAAAUGGCAGAGGACAGCAAAGCAGAUUACUCAUCAAUUCUCCAGAAAUUCAACCAUGAGCAGCACGAAUAUUACCACACUCACAUCCCCAACAUAUUUCAGAAAAUACAGGAGAUGGAAGAACGGAGGAUAGUGCGGAUCGGAGAAUCAAUGAAGACCUACGCGGAGGUUGAUCGGCAGGUGAUUCCGAUCAUUGGGAAAUGCUUGGAUGAAAUAGUAAAGGCAGCUGAAUCAAUCGAUCAGAAGAAUGAUUCGCAGCUGGUAAUAGAAGCUUAUAAGUCCGGGUUUGAACCUCCCGGGGACAUUGAAUUUGAGGAUUACACUCAGCCCAUGAAGCGCACUGUGUCGGAUAACAGCCUUUCGAAUUCCAGAGAAGGCAAAUCAGAGCUCAAAUUUGGUGGCAAAUCCAAAGGAAAGUUAUGGCCAUUCAUCAAGAAAAAUAAGCUUAUGUCCCUUUUAACAUCCCCCCAUCAGCCUCCCCCUCCUCCCCCUGCCUCUGCCUCACCCUCUGCUGUUCCCAACGGCCCCCAGUCUCCCAAGCAGCAAAAGGAACCCCUCUCCCAUCGCUUCAACGAGUUCAUGACCUCCAAACCCAAAAUGCACUGCUUCAGGAGUUUAAAGCGUGGGACUCAGUCUUUCUGUUUUCACAAAGAACUCAUGAAGAGGACAAUAGGGAAACCCACGUAUGCUUUUGAAGCUAGGGACUAUGUUCUUUCUCUCAAGCUGGGCGCCACCCCGGAGGAUUUCAGCAACCUCCCACCUGAGCAGAGAAGGAAAAAGCUGCAACAGAAAGUCGAUGAAUUAAAUAAAGAAAUUCAAAAGGAGAUGGAUCAAAGAGAUGCCAUAACAAAAAUGAAAGAUGUUUACCUAAAGAAUCCUCAGAUGGGAGACCCAGCCAGUUUGGAUCACAAAUUAGCAGAAGUCAGCCAAAAUAUAGAAAAACUGCGGCUAGAAGCCCAGAAAUUUGAGGCCUGGCUGGCUGAGGUGGAAGGCAGGCUGCCAGCGCGCAGUGAGCAGGGCCGCCGGCAGAGUGGAAUGUUCGACGCCCAGAACCCGGCCACUGUCAACAGCUGUGCUCAGGACCGUGAGAGCAGCCCGGAUGGCAGUUACACGGAGGAGCAGAGUCAGGAGGGUGAGGUGAAGGUGCUGGCCACGGACUUCGAUGACGAGUUUGAUGAGGAGGAGCCCCUGCCCGCCAUCGGGACUUGCAAAGCCCUCUACACGUUCGAAGGUCAGAACGAAGGGACCGUCUCCGUCGUGGAAGGAGAAACACUGUACGUGAUAGAGGAAGACAAAGGUGACGGAUGGACCCGCAUCCGGAGAAAUGAAGAUGAAGAGGGUUAUGUCCCUACUUCGUACGUCGAAGUCUAUUUGGACAAAAAUGCCAAAGGUGCUAAGACUUAUAUUUAAUACCACUUAAAAAAAAAAAAACCCACAAAAACUGUUAAAAAAAAAAAAUGGAGUUGUCUCUCCUUACCACUAGGACUGUUAUAGGCGGUUCUUCCAAAGCCUGGAUGGAGGACACCGGAGUGCAUGUUGUCACAUGGCCACACGGUGGACUUGUAGGCAUCCACUGAACACCCGAAUUACCUUGGCUAGUUUUGACUAUAAUCAUGUUUCUCUUGCUCGUGAAAUAUGAUGUGGAAAGCUGCCAACUGCCAAUUUACGGUUCUGUCAUUUGAAAUCUGAUAAACAUUUCGUACUUUGGCAGUAUCUGUAGGUAUCCCAAAAAAAGUUGCCUUUAGCUUCUAAUUGGUAUCAGAAUUUAAAAAGUCCACACACAUCAGAGGGGCGGGUAAGACUUUGGUUCUCGUAUCUCUAGCAAGCAUCUGCCAUAAUCUGCCAUAAAUUGAACCACCUGAGAAUGUUAUAUUUGGUAACUUAACACAUUGAACUACUCUAGGUUUUGGGUUUUUUGUUUUGUUUUGUUUUGUUUUGUUUUGUUUGUUUUUUAACUACCCUAGUUUGUUUAAUCUUACAGUCACUUGCUUCGGAGGAAGUCGUAAAUAAAACCUUCCCCCCCUGCUUGAAAGAAUAAGAUGAUUCCUAUUUUGGUACUGAAAGUGUAUAGUUUUCCUUAAACGUGUUUAAGAUCAUUGGUAGAUCGUUGUGAUCAUUCUAUCACAUCUGCAUGAUGCCAAACAACUAGUUGCAAUCCGGAGAAAAGCCUGGUAACAAUGAACCAGUUGACUUUUUUUACUUAAGACCACUUAAAAAAUAAUAAAAAAAAAAAAAGGCCACUGAGCUCCCCUCUGCCAUUGACAGGGUUGAUCAGAUUCCCUGGUACUGUUUCGAGAACUUACAAAAAAACCUAGCAUGCUUGUGUUGGAGGUUUGGUGGCAAGUGGAGCUGUAUUCAGCUCACACGUCCCCAGGUGGGGCUGUAAAAAGAAUCUGGUGCAGCAGCUGCUUCGACACGCAGACCCCAGCUCAUCACUUCUCAGAAGUGUUUUGGGUUUGUUAGGUUUUUUGUUUGUUUGUUGGUUGGUUUGUUUUAAUCGUUGGUAUCUUUAAGACCCAACAUGAAUUCACUGAAAGUCAUUUUAGAAUUGCUAGCUCAUUUAUAUAAUUAAUCAUUGCCAGACUGAAAUAAAGUAUUUCACCACCUUGAAAGGAAUCUGGGUCACGUGGGGAUGUGCAUUUUUCAAAUUGGCAAGAUCCGUAGUGAAGUCGGUCACAUGUAGAUGGGUACCAAACCCAUUGUUUGUGCCCACUCCGGGAAUCUACCCUGAGAUCGCAGAGAACCAGCUAUGAAUGGCUCACAGUAAAGGUGUCAGGCUCAGAUUUUCUUUUUAUUUGGUUUUGAGAAUUACUUAUUCAUGUCCUUCCUACUUUGAAGUAGAAAAUUAGCUCCUUGCUUUUACAUUGUGAACCCCUUUUAUAAACUCAAGUCAAUUUAAAGCUGACUUUACCCCCUCCUCCCAAAAAAAAGCUGAUUUAUGAAGCAGCAGCAGCUCAUCAGGAGUCUGACACCUGGCGGGAGUUAAAGGUGCUUGUUUGGAUUCUAGCAGAAAGGUCACUACAUGUCCCAAGGACCGCCAGAAAUGAAAUUUAAUAAAUUUUAAUGGCAGCCUGAUUUUUAACACACGUUUUACUUUAAAAAUAAUAAUAGAAAGUUGCAAAGACAGCAAAACCCGAUCGAUCCCUGUGCCCUUCAGCCAGGGUCCUCCAGCGGUGGCUUCUGACAUAACUGUAGUAUAAUACCAAAAGCAGGAAACAGACGUGGGUCAGCCUGCUUUUUGAAAUAUAAUUUCAUGAUUCAGAUUUCUUUUGCCUUAUUCUACCUUUACUGACAUAACAUUGAUAAAGCCAUUCACCUUGGACCCCAGACCCCUCAGGAAAAUCAUUUCUGUUCCCCCUUUUAAAUAUUUGCAGCAUAAAUAAAUAAAUAAAUAAAUAAAUAAAUAAAUAAAUAAAUAUUUGCAGCAAGUAACUCAGCUGACCCUGAAACCACAGGGAUUCCUCUUCAGGAGCAGGGGGCGGUCACAGCACUAGGCAUGGACCCAAGCGAAUGGGGGACCUAAGAUAUUAAAAUCAGAGCUUUCUGUCCAGUGAUGGACUCAGCUCCAGCCUAUGAACUGCAGCAGGAAGCAAACCAAACAGUGAAAAAGCCUUAAAACGGCCAAGACAACAUGAGCCUUUUGAAGCCUCCCUUGGAAAGUAUGGCGUCUGUGACGUUGUUGUGGUUUUACUUUAUUUUUUUUUUCCUUAACAAUUGCACCAAUUUGAUUCAGAAAUUGGAUCAGUUGGUUUGUGGGAGCUGGGGGUCGGGUUUGGGCACAUAAGUUAACAUUCAUGAUUUUAAGUUGUGUGCCCCAAGCCUUAGCAGAGACAGCUCAGGGUAGGGACAGAACAGUGAAAGACACUUCACAGCUCAGUGCCAGCCGGUCAGUGCACCCCAAGUAUUCGAAGAAGUCCUGAAACCAUUCCCAAAGAAUCAGAAUCCCCAUUUCUGCCCACCGUAUACUUUGGUUUUCUUUCCUAAAUUUUAUUUCUGAUAAAAUGAAAGAAGCCAAGUCUCAACUUGUUUAGAAAGUUUUCUCCUUUUGAGACACAUUUAGAGGGGACUAGUGUAUGUGUAGAAGCCUGUCCUCCCCACCUGGUUUCUCAAUCUGCUUGGCACCCCCAAGAACACUGUCCCCCCAAACCCAUCCCAGCCCGUGGGGCUGCUGCUUCCCAACGCCCAGAUCUCCAAGCAGCUAUUCUGUGCUUGUGCAUUUGUGUGUGUGCAUGUGUGUGUGUGUGUGUGUGUUAUCUACGAUGUGACUAUUUAAUAAUUGCCAAAAUAUUUAGACUAGAGGAACGUCCAGUGGGUCAGUUGGAUUGUGACUAUCUUCCUUUAUGAUUUUGGUUUUGUUUUUUAAAUUGUUUUCUUGUUAAAUACGUUCCGUAAUCCCCAGCCCUCAGCCACUCCCCCUCCAGAUAUUUGUAUAUACUGCCAUUUAAAAACUAAAAGAUGACUUGAAUUCAUUGUUUUAACGUUUGACUCUUUUAUCUGUUUGUUUUAUUGGUGAUUCUCCUGCCUAAUGACCUUUUUUGUUUUUGUAACCACUGGGGAAGCCGGGAGGACUAGGUCCCCGGCCGGCAGCUCCGCGCUUGAGUUUAUUGUAGACACUUGUGUUCUGAGUAAGUUCUGCUCCAAUACGGCCAACAUGAUUGUCUCUCUCUCUCUCUCUCUCUCUCUCCUUACCCUAAAAGAAAAGAAUCUGUCUGGCACCUUUUAGUUGUACCCUCGUACCUGCCUCUCUAAUAAACGUAUUUUUCUCAGUGUUGUGUAUUUUAAA